AGGAGGGCGUGAAGGAACGACGGAAGCCGGGAGGGACCUGGGGCGAAAGGGAACCCGGACCAGGCUUGUGUUCGGUUUCUUGGCGGGGCUGGGGUUCCGAUGUGGUCCCCGGAGCGGGAGGCCCAGGCCCCGACCGGGGGAGACCCGGCGGGCCUCCUGCCGCCCGAGUGGGAGGAGGACGAGGAGCGCAUGUCUUUCCUGUUCUCCGCCUUCAAGAGGAGUCGCGAGGUGAACAGCACCGAUUGGGACAGCAAGAUGGGCUUCUGGGCGCCGUUGGUGCUGAGCCACAGCCGCCGCCAAGGGGUGGUGCGCCUGCGUCUGCGGGACUUGCAGGAGGCCUUCCAGCGCAAGGGCAGUGUCCCGUUGGGGCUGGCCACGGUGCUGCAGGACCUGCUGCGUCGAGGGGAGCUGCAGCGAGAAUCAGACUUCAUGGCCAGUGUGGAUAGCAGCUGGAUCUCCUGGGGGGUUGGAGUCUUCCUGCUGAAGCCUCUGAAGUGGACUCUGUCUAACAUGCUAGGGGAUAACAAAGUUCCAGCUGAGGAGGUGCUCGUGGCCGUGGAGCUGCUUAAGGAAAAGGCUGAGGAGGUGUACCGCCUGUACCAGAACUCGCCCCUCUCCUCACACCCUGUGGUGGCCCUGUCGGAGCUGAGCACUCUGUGCGCCAACUCCUGCCCAGACGAGAGGACCUUCUACCUGGUCCUGCUGCAGCUGCAGAAGGAGAAGAGAGUCACGGUCUUGGAACAGAAUGGAGAGAAGAUUGUGAAGUUUGCCAGGGGGCCACAUGCCAAGGUGUCGCCUGUCAAUGAUGUGGACGUUGGGGUCUACCAGCUGAUGCAGAGUGAGCAGCUCCUCUCUCGAAAGGUUGAGUCUCUAUCCCAAGAGUCUGAGAGGUGCAAAGAGGAAGCCCGCCGGGCAUGCCGGGCAGGAAAGAAGCAGUUGGCACUGAGGUCUCUCAAGGCCAAGCAGAGGACAGAGAAACGCAUUGAGGCCCUGCACGCCAAGCUGGACACUGUUCAAGGCAUCCUGGAUCGCAUCUAUGCCUCCCAGACAGACCAGAUGGUUUUUAAUGCCUACCAGGCUGGUGUGGGAGCCUUGAAACUCUCCAUGAAGGAUGUCACCGUGGAGAAGGCAGAGAGUCUUGUGGAUCAGAUUCAGGAGAUUUUGACAGUGAGGAAUUGGAGAAGGAGUUGGACAUCCUCCUUCAGGACACCACCAAAGAACCUUUGGACCUGCCCGACAACCCCCAGGAGACGCUUUAUACCAACAGUGUGCCUAAGCCUAGGAUCUUGGAUGCUGAACUUGAAGCUGAACUUGAAAAACUGUCCCUAUCAGAAGGAGGUUUGGUCCCAAGCAGUAAAUCUCCAAAAAGACAAUUGGAGCCAACUCUCUAAAGCCAUUGCAGGAACUCAAGUAAAGGACCCUCAUGUAACAGAGAGGCAGCCUUGUGUGUGUACAUAGUUAUUUAAUGAGAAACACUGAGAAAUUGUUGAAAGAGGAGGGAAGAACCACUUUUGUGUAUCUGGAUGCUGCCACUCAUGACAGGACAGAUACAGCUUCUGGAAGCCAUGCUGUGAAGGUGUGCUCCCAGCUGAUGUCAUGGACCUACCUUCUCGUCUUUAGAGUGCCACAAUUUAUACAGUUCUGUGUUUGACCUGUCGUCUCAUAGCCUGCAGUUCUCGCCUUUGGCUCCGUUAGCUUUGUCCUCACCCACCAGCUUCACUCCAGCCAGGGAAGGUGAAAGGUCUGCAGCUUUGCCCAUCAAAGCCAGGCCUCUCUUCCACUCCUGAGGUUUUUAAAACAGUUUUGUUAUCUGCAGUGCAGUUAAACUGUUCCCCAUCCUCUACUUUAUGGGGAUUAAGAAUGAGAAUCAACCAAGAAUGGGAUUAAGACUGGGAUUAAGAAUGAGAGUCAACUCAGAGAGACCUGACAGCCGAGUGUCUGGAGAAACAUUGUCUACAUGAUGUCCCUCUACAUGCUUUGUCACAUUCCCCGGGUGUUCAUGGCUCCGAAUGGUUCAGGGUCAUGGCAGUUGCGGGGGUGGCUUAUUGACUGAGGGCCACAACCUCUUCUGUCUUAGGCAGAAGCUGAUCUGCUGAUGGGGUGGGGAGAGGGCUAAUCUGUAUUUUGAACUUGAGUAGGAGAAACCUAAGUAACCUACAGGGCCCCAUGGUGUAAAAGAAGCUAAGUUUUUGCUUUGGCCCCAUCAUAAAUUACGUGUUUUCUGGAGCAAGCCACACAGUGCCACAUUCCCUGUCUCUUGAGCCUGACAUUCAACUGGCAGGCUCCCUGUUAGGACCUGGAAAGCGUCUUACGGCGCAUCCACCACUCAGGGCAGGGGCCCGAGCCAGAAUGUGCAAUAGAAGGAGGUGGCGCUGGCCUGCUGCAUCUGCUGUGUGCCGCCCCAGGCCCUGCUCUGCCCUGCACCUGCCUCCUGCAGGCGCAUCUUCUUUUCUUCCAUGAACUGCAGGGCAGGCGGGAGAAGGAGAUCUGAGUGCUCUGGUGGCAGCAUGGAGAAAAACCACACUGCCGUUCUGCUGCCCAGGGACGAUGACUGCCUGGGUCUCUUGGCACUGCCCCUCCUGCUUGAGGUGGCACAGAGCAGAGGGGAGGGCUUGGCUUCAGGCCAAGGUGCAGGAAUCACUGUUCGAGUCUCUCCCACUCGGCUUUGGCAAAUGGAAAUAUUGGGGGUGAAGAAAAACAAUCACUAUUUUUUCUUUUUUAAUCUGGUAAAAAUAAUUAAAAGAGAAAAACAUCA